AUGGAGGCAUCAAUUUCGGCUCUGUCGAGGUACCAGAUAUCGCAGUUCUUUUCGAAGAACGCCCCUGUAACGCAAGAACAAUGCAACCAGGAAGCUGAACGCAUCACGGGCGCGUCCGCCAGCCCAUCGACUGUCCAAGGCGGAACCAGUUACACCGUCGUCGCUGGAGAAUCUGUCGUCCAGUUUCGUGCCGGCCACUCCGCCCUAGACCUCCAGUUGCUCAGAUGCGUCGAACAAGCCUACGCGGGCUUCGUGCCACACCACUUGCAUGCUGGCGAAGUAGGCAAGCUCUACAUCUACACAAUGGACAACGUCGGCGGGGUCUCGAUGUAUCUUGCCCGGGAUCAGUUGCACCGGGAUAACUAUCGCCUCCUACAACGAACCGUGAAAGACUAUGCCAGAUUCUUUGCAUCAGCAUGGCAUAACACACCAGAAGGGACGCCAUCUCCGAGCCGCACGCUGCUAUACGACGACUACUCGUCACAGCUCACGCAACUCUGCGCGGGGCUCCCCCCGCGCUUUCACCAGACCCUGGACAACCUCAUCUCGCGCCUCCCAGACCUGUUUGCCGAGGACUGGCCAAUGGUGCCCAACCACACCGACCUCUUGGAGAACAACAUCCAUGUGGACACUGGCACUGGCAAGCUUGUUGGCAUCUGCGACUGGAAGGGCACGGAGGUUAGCCCGUUUGGGAUGUCGCUUGGGGGUCUCGAGACCAUGCUUGGGAUCAACAAGACAAAGGGGGGAUGGUGCUACCAUCCCAACCAGAAGGCCCUCCGCGACCUAUUCUGGGAAGUGUUUUACACGACCAUGGGGAACACAUAUGACGAGCGCGUUGAAGUUGCCAGAUUGGUUGGCAUCUUCCUGGCGAAUGGCUGGCAGUACGACGAGGAGGGGCAAAAGGUUACCGUGUGGGAGGGGACCUAUGAAUUGGCUUAUCUCGACGCGGUUGUUCUGGGGAAUCAGGCUUCACGAGCGUUCAUCACACAGCUUUAG